AUGCGCAGAAGCAAUCGCAUUUUAAGAAGGCAUGAUGAUGAUGAUGAUGAUGAUGUUGAAGGACCCUCUGCACAGCUCUCCUUUGACUUGAAGACAAUCGCGAAACGAUCAGCUGCGAAACGCAUUGGUUCCGCACUGAUUAAACAAGCUGAGACACUUGGGGAGACGCCUACUCAGAAACCUACUCAUACCACCGUAGGCAUAUCCCUCAAUAGCAUAUCGCCUGCUGAUAGCGAUAUUGGUACCUUGCGGGGAAAACUAAAACGCCCACGACGAAAUCAGGAGCGGAGAUUAAAAAGUAGCUCUGAGGACAUAUACGAUGUUGAUGAAGCUCCACUGAAUGCUGUUGAGACAAGGGAUGGGGCCUCAGCCCAUUCUGGGUUUACACCCGAUACUGAAUCUAGUGAUGAUGAGCCUAGUAGCUCAUAUGUGGAAUGUGAGGAUGUUAUCGGAUUGCAACACCCACCAGAUAUACCACCUGAGGUGCCUCUCGUGAUGAUUGAGAAAGCACCGGUCGCAGAAUUUAAAGAGAUGGCUACGGGGAGAGAUGGUGUUGCUACAUCGGACGGUAGUGGAAAGCAGGAUGAAGUAUUGGACAACGGGCGGGCUGAUCCGCCGUCUAACUUGACGGAACCUAAGGGAAACCCAAUGUUUGAGAGUGAAUAUGGGCCUACAAGCACGGAUUCAGAUGAAGAUGAGGACGAGGAUGUGGACGAGGAUGAGAACGGAAGAGAAGAUGUACUGGAAACUCUGGAACAGAAAGAAGUGGUGCUGCCGAAAGAUGCUUCCGAGGAUGACAUAUACUUGGAAAUUUCAGAUACAGAUGUCUACACUGAAUAUGGUCUUCGAGAUGAUUCGACCUUCUGGGAUGCUUCUAAAAUAUUCGAUCAAGAGCAGAACUGGCGUGAACUGAUUUCCGAGGCGAAGAGGCUGAUAAAACAAACAAACGGCCUAACUACUGGGUCUACAAAGGAUCUGUUCCGGAGCAUUUCAAAUGGAAUUGACACUUAUAAGGAGAGCAUCGAUUCAAAAAACAAGAAUCAAAGCUUUAACUAUUUAGAGGCAGAACACAGCUCUACCGCCAGCAUAGAAAGACAGGUUUCCCAGGUCUUGAUCGAUCUAUAUCCAUAUAAUGUCGAUUUGCCAAAAAACCUAUCAAAACUCACAUCUACCACUCAUGAAGUGGCUACUGACACCAUCCCUGGGAUGGUUGGACUCUUGCAGUGGUGCCUGGUGGCGCAUUAUUCCAAUGACAGCGUUACUGCUGAAGGAAUAGACCAGCUGACGCGAUUAUUGGAUUCCCUCGGCAAACUUUGUGAAGCAGUCCAGGCAGAGCCGCCCAGACCAACUCCUGAGCUUGCAGAUAAGCUUAAAAUUACAAGCGUGCUUGUUCGGUUUAUGUCCUACGUGUUUAGGCACCAGCAGCUCAACACGCGGAAGCCAGCAACCACGCAGCCUCUGAUCGGGCGGCCCCAAAACUUAGGGCAACAUCACGAUGAGCAUGAAGCAGGUUUGAUCGAAUCAGAAGCGUCUAUUACUGCCUUGCAAGAGAAAUGCCCCUGGAGCAGGGCGGAGAGCGAAGCCCUCUUUGACGCCCUGCAGAAAUAUCGAGGGCCAGAACGAUAUAAUUUAAUUCUCAGAGAGCUAAGGGACGUCCUGGGCCAUCGUAGCGUAGAGGAACUGAGAGAGAAGACGAUGGAGACACGGGCUGGACUGUUAGCUCUGCCUGAUGAAAAGCGGCCUCAUUACAGCCAAUGGAGCUUCCUUGACCAGUGA